AUGGAAAAAUCUGGUAAUAUGUCUAUUAAGCGCCAUUUUAGUCCUGAGAAGCGAUGGUUACUGGGCACAACAGUUGUCUGCUUAUUUGGUGGAGCGCUGUUUCUUGCGGCAUAUGUAAGCAUACCGGAGACUCCCCUUUUCUGCAAAUCCAUGCCGGGCUUCUUGGCAAAAGGUUCAUACUCGGGUGAGACGCUCCAGCGCAACGCUAUUGUCCACUACGCCACAUCUCGCGUAGUCCCGCAACAAUCACUGGACGAGAUCCGAGUUUCCUUUGACGUCCUCAAAGCUAAGUCCCCAUGCAACUUCCUAGUCUUCGGACUCGGCCACGAUUCCCUCAUGUGGGCUUCACUCAAUCCGGGUGGUACAACGUUAUUCCUAGAAGAAGAUCCCAAGUGGGUCGACACAGUUCUCAAGGACGCACCGUAUCUUCGUGCCCACACGGUCAAGUACCGGACUAAACUCUCCGAGGCCGAUGAUCUCCUGAAACAGUACCCGUCCCAACCGGAGUGUUCUGCUGAGAAACCGUUCCUCCGCGGAAACACGAAGUGCAAGUUGGCGCUGAAUAUGUUGCCGUGGGAAGUUUAUAACAAGGAGUGGGACCUGAUCAUGAUUGAUGCCCCGAGAGGGUAUUUUGCGGAGGCGCCGGGGCGGAUGGCGGCCAUAUAUUCAGCGGCUGUUAUGGCAAGGAAUAGGAAGGGAUCGGGAGUGACGCAUGUGUUCUUGCACGACGUAGAUCGAAAGGUGGAGAAAGUUUAUGCAGAAACGUUUUUGUGUCGUAAAAAUCGUGUCAAGUCCGUCGGAAGGCUUUGGCAUUUUGAGAUACCUCCCGCCACAGAUUCCAGCCCACAGUUUUGCUAGAAUAUACUGGAUCAAGUUCGCAUUGGAUAAUUACACCUAAUAAUUUAAUAAAACAAGAAUUCCACCAGUUAGUUGUGGUGAUAAUCUCAAUCAAAUUAAGUUAGAUAUGUAGAUUUGGCAUGCAAUACAUAUAGUAAUUGAUAUUUAGCGAACUUUUUGUUUAUCCCCAUCUGGUUUUUUAAUUUUUGAAGAACUUAUGGUAUCGAGUGCUGAUACUUUGUUUUGUUUUUUGUUUUUUUUUCCUUAAAUAAAAAGGGUCUUUGAGAAGGUG